AUGCCGAUGUCCCCAGCCAUCCUCUGCCUCCCGAUGUCCCCGGCCACCCUCUGCCUCCUCGCUUCCCUCCUGCCCCUCGCCUCCGGCUACCUCUGGGCCUGGAUGUACUCCUUGCCCCAGCACCUGCCCCACGAAGCCACGCUGGGCAGAAGCGCCGGCCCCGGGGACAAACUGGAGGAGGUGAGUGGCAGAGUCCCUCCAAGGCAAACACAUGCAAAGGGUGGGAGCCGGGGUGGGUGCAGAGUUUGCAGGGAGGGUUGUGGCAGGGUGACGGCGUGCAGCCCGGCCACCCCCUGCGCCCACGGGCACUUCUGCGAUGAGCACUUUGGGCUGUGCCUGCCCCGGCGUCCCGCGGGACAGUACUGCCGCCGCGACACCCACUGCGCCCACGGCCUCCUCUGCAUGUUCGGGAAGUGCCAGCAGCCCGUGCCUGACGGGCAGGAGGGAGCCCGGUGCCAGCGGGACGAGGACUGCGGCGCAGACAGCUGCUGCGCACGGCAGCACGGCGAGCGGGUGUGCCAGCGGCGGCUAGCGCUGGCCCAGAGCUGCCACGUCCCCCCCGGGGGUCUGGCCUUCAGCAUCAACCAGGUCUGCCCCUGCCAGGCCGGGCUGGUCUGCCGGGCCACCGCGCCAGGGCGAGAGAAGGCGUUCGAGUACUGGCCGGAGAAGAGCGAGUGGAGGUGCCGGCAGCCCUGA